AUGCUGCCCUUCUGCCCGGGCUGCAGCAACAGACUGAUCAUGGAGGAGGGCCAGCACUGCCACCACUUUGCCUGCAAUACCGGUCCCUAUGUGAACAACAUCACCUGCAAGGUGACAACCCGGAAGUAUCCCAAGCUGAAAGAAUUGGAUGACAUGCUUGGAAGAGUAGCUGCCUGGAAAAAUGUAAACUCCACUGCAGAGCCAUGCCCUAAAUGUGAGCAUCCCUGGGUCUACAUCAUGUGGCUGAAGACCCACUCUACUGACAAGCCAAUGACCACCUUCUACAAGUGCUGCAAUGCCCGGUGUGUGCACUGCUGGAGGGACUAG